CUCCCACUACCUCUGCAGAAAUCGUGCAGGAGUACUCACAUGCACCACCCACGCACGCACGCGCGAGCAACAUCUCCACGCGCGCUGAGAUGUACGAGAUAUCGUGAGCGAGGGAACGAGCUCAUUGCAAAAUUCGUUCCUAUCUCUCUCUCUCUCAAACCCUCGCCUCUAAUUACAUAUGCAUUCCACACAAACCCUCGCCUCUGAUUUCAAACCCCAAAAUGCAAACUUUAGCCCUCUUCUCCCUCUACUCACCGACGCCCCACCCCCGACUACCUCUCACGACAAUGAGUACUCUACCACACCAGCUCCAACGAAGACCCUCGUCGGUGUUGUGUUCUUUGCUCCCCGCCGCCGACGGCGGCAUCUACCCACCGACACGCCACUCCCACCACCCCCGACUCUUUUUGACGACAACGUUUUUUCUACAGCUCCGACGACGCCGCUCGUUGGUGUCUUAUUCUUCACUCCCCGCCACCGGUGACGAUGGCAGCGGCGACCACGACGACGACUUCCAAGCCCUCGCAGAGGUGCCGAAGGAUUUCAACCUUAUCCCCUUGUGCAAAACCUUAUUCACUGAUGAAGUCACUCCGACGACUGCGUAUUGGCGCCUCACGAAAGGAGAUGACGAUUCAUACUCACUGUCGUUCAUUUCCACCCUGCCUUCCGGCAACGGGCGGUAUACGCUUAUCGGAGCUCAGCUGGCCGUAGAGUUUGUGGCAAAAAAAAACUUCGUUACCAUUAUCGAUGGGUGGGAAGGGAGUAGAAGAAAGGAGUUUGUGGACGAUCCCAUGUGUCUUCUCAAGCGUAUGAUGGAGAAGUGGAAGCCCGAACCUUUGGUUGGGUUUCCUGACACAUUUUGUGGUAAGUUUCCCUUAGCUUUUAGUGUAAUGAUCCAUGAUUUGGCAUGAUGGCUUGUGAUUAAACUACUACUUUUAUUGAUCUUCUUUGAUUUCUAGUUUCGAGCAAAGGUUUUCGUAAUCAUUCAUACUGCACUUUGUCACAACCAUUUUUGACAAUGUACUUCUUGAUUAGGCGGGUGGUUUGGAUACUUCUACGACACCUUUCGUUAUGUGGAGAAGAAGUUGACAUUCUCUAGCGCUCCGA